AUGCAUAUACCAUAUGUUGGAAAGGUUAUAAGAUAAUGUUUGAAUAUAAAAAUAUAGAGAUAGUUGAGGCCAAUGAAAGGGGUCACAUCGGCACGUGGUGGUGCUGAUUCCACCCAGUUAUUAAACUCACGCUGCGACUUUCCCAUCGGAAAAAAGCCCCCAGCUGUUGCUAGCUGUCCCUAAUCUCCCCCCAUGUGACCCACCUCUCUCUGCCCCUCCCCCUUAAUAAAAAAAUCCCCCCAUUGCAAAAAGGAAAAAGAAAGAAGUGCGCAAGUUUAUAUCAUUGGCUUCAAAGGACUUAUAUCAUAUGAUGUUGGUGUUUGGGUUUGGGGGUUUGAGUUGAUAGAUGUGUGUGUCGUGUAAUAUUUUUGUGUGUUUGGUUGUAUAGUUAGUUGUUGGUUAGUUUAAGAUUAGCUUUGUUUUUCGUGCUCUUUUAUUUAUUUAUAUAUAUUUUUUGAGUUUUUGGGGUUUGUGACAUUGGUGUAGAAUGGCACAAUUACCUCCAAAAGUACCCAACAUGACCCAGAAUUGGCCUUCUUUUCCACAUCAAAGAUUGCCUACAAUGGCAAACAUCAUUUCCACCACUGCCAACACCGCCACUAUGAAUGCCUCCCACCACCACCAGCCUUCUUGGGUCGACGAGUUCCUCGACUUCUCCUCCGCACGCCGCGGGGCCCACCGCCGUUCCAUUAGCGACUCCAUCGCUUUCCUCGAGCAACCAUUGGUGGAGGAAUGCAGGGACUCCAACACCAACCACAACAACAAUGCCAUGAUAACGGAAACCAAUGUGUUCGAUCGUCUCGACGACGAACAGCUCAUGUCCAUGUUCUCCGACGACGUAGCCGUCACCAUGGCUGCUGCACCGACGUUAUCCUCGUCCAACCCUUCCACUCCGACGUCCGACCAAAACAGCAACAAUGACGAGAAACCAGUGCCGUCCCUGGAUCUGCAGCAGCCCAAGAACGAACCAGGAGAAGUGGAGAGCUCAUGCAAACCUGAACCACAAGCUGCUCAACCUCCAUCAACCUCCAAUGGCGACCCCAUCGUUGAUCCCAAAAGGGUUAAGAGAAUUCUGGCAAACCGGCAAUCAGCACAAAGAUCAAGAGUUAGAAAGCUGCAAUAUAUUUCUGAACUUGAAAGGAGCGUCACAACAUUACAGACUGAAGUAUCAGCAUUAUCACCAAGGGUUGCAUUCUUGGAUCAUCAAAGACUGAUUCUCAAUGUUGACAAUAGUGCUUUGAAGCAAAGAAUUGCAGCUUUGGCUCAAGACAAGAUUUUCAAAGAUGCUCAUCAAGAAGCACUGAAGAAGGAAAUUGAAAGGCUAAGGCAAGUGUACCAGCAACAACAAAGCCUCAAGAAAAUGAACAGCAACAAUAGCAACAACCACCAUGCACCACCACAACAACAACCAUCACAGCCGCAGCCGACGAAGAAAGAAGAACAACUAUAAGUUGUUCAGAGAAAUAGAGAGAGCUAGAGACGGCAGUGAGAAGGUCUUGGUGCAAAAAAUAAAAAUAAAAAUAAAAAUAAAAAUGCAAUAAAGCUAUCUAACAAAUGGGGGGUUGGGGGGCUAGUUUUUUUCAUGUUAUGUGUUUCCCAAUUGCUGUUUUUUAAUAGUGUAGGGUCCCCCUUAAGACAAAAAUUUGAAGGGCCAAAGAGAAGGGAACAUGUGGGUUGCUAAGAUUAGGAGGGUGACAAUUUAAUUCUUUUUUCAAUUUUUUUCUCUUUUAAAAAUUGAUUAAUUAGUAUUAUUGUGUGGGUUUUAUAUUGGGAAUUUGGUCUUUUUUUCCUUGAUGAAAAUAAUUUAACUUUUCUUUCCUUUAAUUUUUUUUGUAAUUAAAUUUGGGGGGGGGGGAUUUUAAUGUGUGGGGUUUGUGUUGGGAGGGAUGAAAUUGAAAAAGAGAGUUAGUAUUGUCAGAGACAAUGGUGGUUAUGUCUGAUUUGUUUGUCAAAGAAGAAGAAGAAAAAAUUGUUGGUUUCUUCUUUAUUUUUAUUAAUUUUAAUCACAUUGUUGGUUUAAAAUAUUAAUUGGUGUAGAAAUAUGGAAAUGAUAAACUACAAGCAAAGGCAAAGGGUAAUUGUCUUUUGUUUUUGUUUUUUAAACCCAACCCACUUAUGAUUGGCUUAAUAAGUCUCUUUCCUUGAGCCCCUUCUAUCUUUAUUCUCUCUACUUAAACUAUGGUUGAAGACAUGUAUGAUGUUUAGAGGGCUUAAACUAAUGGAUUAUUUUUUUCAAA